GAGGCGUGAGCCGGCACCACUUCCCGCUCCGGGCGCUCUGGGUCCCCGCCCACCGCUAGUCAUGUGAGCCACCAAAAUGGCGGCGCUCGGGCGUGAGGCUGGGACUGACCUGAAGGAUGCAGGUGUGGUGCCGGCGAGACCCGGGGAAGCGCCCAAGGACAUCAGAAUGGCAACAUACACACCUGGUCAGCCCAGUCUUUCUCUGGAAGAUGCAAAACUCAGAAAACCAAUGAUCAUCGAAAUCAUAGAAAAAAAAAUUGAAUAUCUUAGAAAAGAAAAGACUUUAAAUAUAUAUGGCACAGCAUUCCUUGGAACAGCAGCUAGUUUCUCUGGAAUAAUGGCCAACUUCAUUUUCAGACAUUGCUUCAAGGUUAAACAUGAUGCUUUGAAGACAUAUGCAUCACUGACAACACUUCCGUUUUUGUCUACUGUAGUCACUUAUAAGCUCCUUGUAACGGAUGCUUUGUAUUUGGGCAAUAUAAGCCAGGAAAAUUGUGUUCUGAGAAGUUCACUGAUUAGCAUAAUAUGUGGUGUUUUAUAUCCCUGUGGUUUGGCUUUCUCUAAAAAUGGACGCCUUGCAGUCAAGUAUCAUACUGUUCCAUUGCCACCAAAAGGAAGGGUUUUACUUUACUGGCUGCUGCUUUGUCAGACAGAGAUAAAAGCAAUGAUGAUUCCUCUAGUCUUAGAUACGGCCUUUGGGAUAUUUAAUGGUCUACAGCAUUAUGCAAGAUUUGAAAGUAGCGAGAAAACUGUACAUGAAGAUUAAAGAGUGAGUGGAUACUAAAUCAGCACAAUGGGGUUUUUUUAUGAUGAGGACUCAGGCAUUGCUGAAGCAGUUAAAAGUAACUGGACAAUUUGUUUCUAUUCCUUUGCCUGGUAUACAAUGUACUCAAUAAAUAUUCAGUAAUUCAGUAUUUAAA